CUCGCAUGGCAAGACACAUCGAUAACUGAAAGCCACCUGCGAUCAUUUAAAUUUGAACCUUCACAAGUGCCAGUUGAAACUGCUGGUUGACAUUAUGACUCUAAAUUAAAAAGGCUAAAAGUUGCUGGCGUUGGUGGAGUGAAUGUGUGGACUGUGGUGGCAGCGGUGGCCACGAAGAACCGAGGCGUGGAGUUAGUCUCGCCGGGACGGAUUUGAAUAGUGCCGUGAGAGCCGCGGUGGUGGACGAGUGUUUGUGUGGAUUUUGACGUUUUUCGAGGAUUGUAGCGCUCUUUGUGUAAUCAUGAAGAUGGAGGAGGUGAAUGUGGGUGGCCUUGGUGUUGGGGUGACUGUGGAUAUCCAGAGGACAGACGGUCGUGUCCACUCCGCCACAGUAUCUGCCGUCAAUCCCGGAGCCCGCAGCGUAACUGUCGAAUGGUUUGAGAAGGGAGAAACUAAAGGAAAGGAGAUUGACUUCGACGCAGUCUUCGCCCUCAACCCUGACCUCGCGCCUCAGGACCAGAAUGUGAUGCCCCCGCCCAAGCUGGACGAUGAAGAUGAAGAGUCCAGCUUGUCCGAGGCAGAUCUGAGUGACUACGUGCCAGGCCUCACCGUGGGGCCAGUGGUUAGGGGCUCCGGCCGCAUCCUGAGGUCUUCCCGCACCCACAGCAACGUGCCUGCCGCCGCUCUUCACCCUCAAAGGCCUCCAUCUGCCCACACAUCCCACUUGCCCCGUCCACCUGGGCAUCAGGUGGCUCGAUCUCAGUCUGCCUCCAGACUCACCAUGGAUGAUGAUGGUGAUGUGGAUGAUGAUGAUGAUGAUGAUGAUGAUGAUGAUGAUGAUGAUGAUGAUGAUGAAGCUUACACCCGGCAGUCACAGGUCUCCCAGUCAGCAGCCACUCCAGCAACUAGGAGCAAAGAUGCUUCUAGACCUCGACCCAGCUACUUGGUCAAGCCAACCCCUCAGAAUGGAGAAAUACGUUCAAAUUUACAAAACAAAAUUGGGCAGUCCCAGGCCCGAUCAACAGAAAACAUCUCCACAUCCACUGUUAGCAAAGGCUCAUCUGUUGCUGCCUCCCGCCGGCGCAGUAACGUAGUAAAGGAGGUGGACCGCAUCCAAAAGAAGAGAGAGGAGAGGAGGAAGCAGCAGGCAGAAAAGAAAGAGGAGAAAGAGGCACUCAUGAAUCUUGAUCCUGGCAACCCUCAGUGGGAAUUCCUUAACAUGAUCAGAGAGUUCAGAUCACAACUUGAAUUCCGCACACUGAGGGAUGGGGACCCAUUAGAAGAACACCAAAUUACUGUUGCUGUCAGAAAAAGACCUUUAAAUAAAAAAGAAAACAGUAAACGAGAAGUGGAUGUGAUCACCAUCCCAAAGAGGAACACUCUGUAUGUUCAUGAACCACGCACCAAAGUUGACCUUACCAAAUACCUGGAGAACCAGAACUUCCGAUUUGAUUAUGCCUUUGAUGAAACCUGUAACAACGAACUUGUUUACAAAUAUACUGCAAGACCUUUAGUUCAGACCAUCUUUGAAGGUGGCAUGGCAACAUGCUUUGCCUAUGGUCAGACAGGUUCUGGCAAGACUCACACUAUGGGUGGUGACUUCCAAGGAAAGAAUCAAGAUUGUGCGAAAGGAAUUUAUGCAAUGGUGGCCAAAGAUGUAUUCAUAUACACAAAAAAUCCUAAGUAUAGAAAUCUUAACCUUCAAGUAUCAGCAAGCUUUUUUGAAAUUUAUGGUGGUAAGGUGUUUGAUUUGCUCAACAACAAAGCAAAGCUGCGGGUCUUAGAAGAUGGAAAGAAUGUGGUGCAGGUGGUGGGUUUACAAGAGAGAGCAUGUGAAAGUGUAGAGGAUGUUCUGCGCCUCAUCAGCCUUGGCUCCCAAGUGCGUACCUCUGGCCAGACUGCUGCUAACAACCAGUCUUCACGCUCCCACGCUGUCUUCCAGAUUAUUCUGAGAAAUUUGGAUAGAAUAGAAAAGCAGGGUGACAAGGCAUACAAACUGCAUGGAAAAUUCUCUCUCAUCGACUUGGCUGGCAACGAGAGAGGAGCAGACACUUCCAGCGCCAACAGACAGACCCGAAUGGAAGGAGCAGAAAUCAACAAAUCACUGCUGGCCCUGAAGGAAUGCAUCCGUGCUCUGGGGCGUAAAGGGGCUCAUCUUCCAUUCCGAGCUUCCAAGUUGACUCAGGUGUUGCGAGACUCUUUCAUCGGAGAUAAGAGCAAGACUUGUAUGAUUGCCAUGAUCUCCCCAGGCAUGGGCUGCUGCGAACACACCCUUAAUACCCUCAGGUAUGCUGACAGAGUCAAGGAGUUAGGUGUGAGUGAUUCAACUACUGAAGACAACUACAAGUCUUCCCCUACAGAGAAGGAACCAGAAGAAAAUGGCACCAACAAUGUGGACUACUCUACACUCUCUAAUCUCAAUGAAAAUGAAAUGAGUGCUGACCAGCAAGCAUUCCAAGUAGCCAUGAGUGCAGUGCAGGAGGCUGAGGAGGAAGUUGUGGACCUGCAUGGCCAGUAUUUUGCCCACCGCGAUAAAAUGGACAAGAUGCUCAUACCACUAUAUCAAAUGACCAAUGAAGUGGAUUAUGAUGUAGAUGCUUAUGCUCAGCAGCUGGAGGAUGUGGUCCUGGAAAACCUGGAAUGGUGGAACCAGUUGAGGGACCAUGUGGUGAAGCUGCGACACCAGUUGGAGGAGGAAGAGAAGUUGUCUCGCCAGCAACACGUGUGAAUGCAUUACAAAGAUUCUGCUGCUUACACACACACACACACACACACACACACACUUUCAUGGCAGUUACAAUUCUUAUAGAACUGUACCCAUUGUCUUAAGGGAAGAUUCCAGUUUGGAGCAGAUUCCUGGUCUCCCAGUGCUUUCCUGUAUUUUUACUUCCCAGUAUGUGUCAAGGAAGUGAUAAACAAUAGUUUUAAUUCCCAUACACAAGUCUUUGUUAAGAUACAUUUCAUUUGUUCAGAAGGAUUUUUCUCUGCUAAAACUGGCAUAUUUAUUUUCUUUCUUACUUUUCAACAGCUGAUAGUUUUAAAGAGUUGUAUAUUAUAAUAGAAAAUUCUUUUUUUUAUGGAUUCACACAUUUCACUUAAUUAUCAAGUAAGAUUUAUUAUUACUUUAAUUUUAAAUUGGACACAGUGUUAUUCAGUUCACAACAAAAUAUUUUUUGGAAAUUCAUAAGUUGAAAAUUUCUCACUUCUGAAAAGUUGCAUGAUUUUUCCUCCCUCAUAUGUGUCAGUAAAUACUUUCAGAUGAGUUCAGGGCUCCUUCUCCAAGAAUGUGUGGAAAAGUUUGAGAUGCUGUCAGAGGUGCUCUACUUACUAUUGCUAGUGGCUCUUACUACAUUUUAAAUGUCAUUUUAUUUCUUCAGAUGGCUGCUGCUAUCUUUUUGCUGAUAUAUUUUCUCACUUUUAUCUAAUCAACAGGGCUUGAGUUUUCUUUCAAGAAACAUGACGUGCUAGCUGUUUAAUAAUCAUAGUUAUGGAAGGACAGGUGCCUGUAAUAUCUCAAGGUGAAGAGAACUGUAGUAGCAUAACUUCUUUAUUUAUUCAUUUACUUAUUUAUUGUAUUUUUUUAUUUUUUCAUUUAUUUAUUCAUUUAUUUAUUUUAUUGUAUUUUUUUAUUUUUCUUCAUUUAUUGUUUUAUUUAGUGAUUAAUUUAUUUAUUUUUUGUUUCUAAUUAAUUAUUUCUAUUUCUUGAUUUUUAUUAUUAUUAUUAUUAUUAUUAUUAUUAUUAUUAUUAUUAUUAUUAUUAUUAUUAUUUCAUUAUUUUUUAUUUUAUUUUUAUCUAUUUAUUUUUUAUUUAUUUUAUUUAUUUAUUUAUUUUAUUAUUUUUUAUUUUAUUUUAUUAUUGUUUUUUUUCUAGCCUCAGUCUUCUUCAAACUAGUUUUGUCAAGGAAACUACCAUAGGAGAAAGUUGAGUGAAGCCUCUAAGCAUUUCAUAGAGUAGAGAAGAGUAUUUCAUAGAGUAAAAGAGCAUUUUGUACUCAUUGUGGAAUAUGUCAGAAUGAACAUUUGAAAAGCUGGAAUGAGAGAUUUUAGAUUGUACAGUCAUAAAGCUUUGCCACAAGACAUGACAUUCCUGAGACACAUUAUUGUUUUUAUUUUUAACCAUUAAAAAAUAAAUAACUGGAAUCUCACCUUAGGAAUUUUAAACUUUGGAAAAAAAAAAAUACUUGCAUCCUAUUCUCUUGAUCAGUUGAUAAGAUAGGAAGUAGCAACAGCAGCACCAUCAACAAGAGCUUUUGGAAAAAUAUUAAUCCUUACCCUUCAUAAUAAGCUUAAACUACUACCACCACCCUUGGACACAUUUAGACAUGGGAAGUGUACACCAGUGGCUGUGAUCACUGCCCCACCAUGCAUCAGGGCAAACUUAUUGUAUACUUGGUAUAUAGCUACUUUAGGAUUGUAAGAUCUUGUUUCGUACAUUUUGAUAAGCUAGAUUAGGACAUUUAAUAUACCCUAUAAGUACUGAUUUAUCAUCCUCAUAGGCUUAGUAAUGAAAAUAAGUGCUGUUGUUUUAUGUUCAUGAUUCUCUAAACUUUGUGUAUCUUAACAUAUGAGUGGUCAUAGCAUGUGGUACUUUUCGUAGAAAUGCUGAUCCUGAAAGCUAUUAAGUGGUGUACUCUUGCCAGUUUCCAGGUUCUUGUGACUAAAGGUGGAACAUGUAAUACUUAAAGCUUACUGUGGUACUAAUAUGUGAUCCACUCCAUUGGUGUAGUACUGUGAUAGUCACACAGUCAUAGGGGUGAGGGGAGCAAAAAUAUAUACACACACACACACACACACACACACACACACACACAUACACUAUAUAUAUAUAGACAUUUGGGUUGUGAGAGAGGAUGUAGAUCUUGGUAAUGAGUAGUGUGAUAGGUAUUACAACAGGUGUAGCUUGUGUUUUUUACCAGUCAUUUCAUUUUAGUUGCAGGGUUCUCCUCUUCUCAUUCUUACCAGUCAAGUCCAUCUAAAGAUUCCUGCCAAAUACUCGGGAAGUAAUGAGGUUAUCUAAACUUGUGUUGCAGGAUAAUUUAUAUGAUCAUUUAUGUCCUAUGCGGUGAGUGGAAGUAUGUUGAGUGGUGUGAAUUGAGUGUGUAUGAGUAAACUAGGUAUGGAAGUGUUCAGAUACACAAGUGUAUAGACUGGCAUCAUUUUAUAAGUAAUAUGUGGACUUUGUUUGGAAUGUAUGACAUAAUGGCAUCCUAUUCCAUUGUGUAUGUAUGAUGAGAUGAGCAAAGCCAUGGCCUUUACUUGAAAGACAUGUUUGGGAAAGUUCAUGUAUCUAGUUGCCUCUCUCUCUCUCUCUCUCUCUCUCUCUCUCUCUCUCUCUCUCUCUCUCUCUCUCUCUCUCUCUCUCUCUCUCUCUCUCUCUCUCUCUCUCUCUCUCUCUCUCUCUCUCUCUCUCUCUCUCUCUCUCCAGUCAAUUUGGAAUACAUAUAAGGAUGUUACAAAUCUCCAUAGGCUUUUCCAGCAAAAAUAAAAUUACUUUCAUCCAAGGAAGCUGCCAAGUCUUGUCCAAGCCCGGUGUGUCAGCAUUGGGCCAACACUUGUGGUGUGUUCUGGCCAGCAGUAACCAGUCCAGUUUACUGCAAGGGUCAAUAGGCUCAUAUUGUGAUAUUUAUGAGUAAUAUUAAUAGUGCUUGAAUACAUUAGGUCCUCAAGAAUGUGCUGUAUUUUGUAUUUAUUAAUAGAUAAGAGGUCUAGUUUUAGGAAUGACAUAUGAAGUGCUCCACAUGAUACUGUUUUGUGGCCUAUGAAAUACUGUAACCAAGAUCAACCCAAACAUUUUUUUUUUUUUUUUUUUUUUUUUUUCCCAGACUACUGCAGUUUUUUGUGGUCAGAUAUUGGAGAUACAAGACCAUCCUUGAUUAGUGCAGGUGCAGGUAUUAGGUUUGCAAGCUUGUUCAGACUGCAAGCAAUUUUCCAUGACCCAGUUAUAAACUUUGGAUGCAAAAGUAACUUGGGUUGCUGCAUAGUAUUCCUUGUGCUUUAAAACUUUUCUCAUUAAUGAAACAGCACAUUUAAGUAUACUUCACAGGUAAAACAAAAGUCACUUUUGAGGUUAUGUACUUCCUGAGAUAUCUGUCCAUUGUAGUCAAGAAGGUGACAGAUUGUUGUAACUGUUGCAAAUGGUGGUGUUCAAUGUCAGACUAACAUUCCAUAUUUUAUGAGAGCAGAAUAGCAUAUGCCUGUGAAAUUCUGUCAGUCUGUUAGUAUCAGUUCACCAGCAAGACUCGUGUCCAGCUUGGUGGAAUAGUGUUGUUCCUUUCAUAGUCUAAAUGCUAGCAUCAAAUAACAACUAUAAUCAAAUCACUAAAGAUUUGUUAAGGUGAGGGGAGGUGCUCCCAUUGAGCCGUGUCGUGAACAAAUUGGCCUGAUCCCUUUAGUUAAUGUUAUGCUCUGUAUCAGAGCUCCAGGGGCUCUGUUGAGGCAGCACCCACUGCUCUGUACAUAUUAAUAUUCUGUAAAAAGUGGAUUAAAAUAUACUUCAAUGCAUCUGUCAAUCCUAAGAAAAAAAAGCAAGUCUUGAGGAAACACCAUCUCACAAUUAGGUGUUGUCUGCAAGUCUUGCUUCUUUAAUACUCCAGUGUGCUUCACAUUUUUAUCCAUUUAUUUUAUUUUAUAUAUUUUUAUUUUAUUUUUUUCUUUAUAUUGAUGUAUGUUAACAUUUCUUUAUCAAUAUUGCUUGCCCAUAUCACAGUGGUUAGUCUGAAGCAUUAGUAAUGUGCAGGUUUUUGUUUCCUUGAUUUUUAUCCAGUUCUCAACAGCAAAGAGAAAAUGUAAUUAUCCAACAAAUCUGAGCCCUGCUUUUUUUACAUUUUGGUUUUACUUGCCUUCUUAUAUACUUUAGAAACUUAAUUUAGAGGACACAGCAUAGUAACCUGUAAUUGUUGAAUGUUGCAGAUUCUGAUGUUCUCUUUUUAACACGAAUAAAAGCACAAAGUGAUCCA